AUGGAAUCUGAUCCUCACGAAAACAUACUGCCAUGGCAGCCUCACGAGGUGACAGAUCCUGUAUCCGAUACCGAUGCCCUCGCGGGUAGCUACUGCAGAGGCAAAAUCCCUAUCCUGAGCGGCGGUCGCGGUGAAUGUGGCAACCAGAUCAACUACCAUGAAGACAGCGGCAGCCAACAAACUGAUUAUACCCUGGCAUCUUAUGGAAAUCGAGGAGCUCAGCACACUGGACAAGCCGUGGCAAGCCAAGGAGGAUAUAUAUGUGAUCAGAGCCACGACCUGUCGGGCACUUCGCGUUCUACAAAUCAAGUGCGGUACAAUGACCCUACUCGUCCCGAAUAUCCGACAGGCACAUCUCGCUUGUGGCAGCCUAUGCCUCGAAUCCCGAUAACCGAACCAGAAGGAGCGCUGAUCGAUUCAUGUUGGAGUGCGACUUACGGCUACGAACGACCUGAAUCCGUGCCGCUCUCACACAAACCAUUUCAGGAACCCCCGCCGUCCAAUCAGUGCCACUUCAACACGCGCGAAGAGCUGCGAGACGAAAGUCCGCAAGAAUAUGACGUCCACUCGGAAGAUGAUCUGAAAGCACUCGAAUUUCCCGAUGACUUUGGCAUCGAGGCCGAAAAGUGGUUCUCACCAGUCCAACGAAGGAUACAAGCAUUUGGCGCAACCAUUGAAGAGAAUGAAUGGAUGGAAUCGCAGCAACAAGUCAUUGUCUCGAAAUAUUUCCGCAAUAUCAAGGACGCCACGUUCUUCAAAUCCGUGCGUGACACCAGACAUUGGCAUUCUGUCAAGGACGAUCCAGCUUUUGCAGAGAUUUCUUCCCAUGGAGCUGUAAUUGCAUUUGAGGAGCUCCAUCAGCACAGAGACGAUACUGCUUUUAGCAACAACGUCCCUGAAGCUUACCGCCGACGAUCGAACUCAUCAACAGCCGGUGAUCAAUAUGAUUAUCCAAUAUUUUCGGUGCAGAAGGCGGCCGCGAUAGGUCUGUCUAUGGAACAAGAAGAACGUCUGGCUGCCCUUGGAGUAACUGGUGAUCCCAAACCAGUGCAGCCUCGCAUUCCCACGAAAGGAGAGGGUCGGAGAAGGUCGCGGUCACCCGAACCGAUAGGCCAGCGGAAGAACGGCCAGAGCUACCGCCAGCGACGUUAUGCUCACGGGAGUCAAGCAGUGCGAUCCGGAGAUAGGCGCGAAGACCAAGAACCGAGAGACCGUAGCUCCGACAGUCUGGGCGCGAGUAUGGGCAGAGAGAGUGGCAGAAACGUUGAAAUAGGGCUUCGGCGAGGCCAGGAGAACCAGGACAGAGGCAAAGAACAGAAGAUAAAAGGAAAGAAGAGACAACAGCAGAGCCAGAAACCAUCCGGAAAAUCGAGGCGUCAAGAUCAGCAAGCAUGA